UGAUUGGCUGCAAAUUAAAUGAACUUUCAUUCAAUAGACUCACUGUUCACAUUAUGGUAACGAACUAUAUUCUGUAUUAAACCAUGGCAACUCCAGACAAGCCUGUUCUGUAUAGUUAUUUCAGGAGCUCCUGUUCCUGGCGAGUUCGGAUCGCUUUUGCACUGAAGGGUAUAGAAUAUGACCAAGAAGCAGUUAAUCUUAUAAAGGACGGAGGGCAACAGCAAUCAGAGAAGUACAAGGCAUUGAACCCUAUGCAACAGGUGCCAGCACUCUGCAUUGAUGGAAUCACGAUCUCACAGUCGCUGGCCAUAAUUCAGUAUCUUGAAGACACCAGACCCGGCCCACAUCUUCUACCUCAGGACCCGAAGAAGAGAGCCCAGGUGCGGAUGAUUUGUGAUCACAUAGCCUCCGGCAUUCAGCCACUACAGAACCUCUAUGUACUACAGAAAAUAGGUGCGGAAAAAGUGGAGUGGGCACAACAUUUCAUUGUCCGUGGGUUUCACGCUCUUGAGCACAUCCUUCUGCAGACAGCAGGGCGGUACUGUGUUGGUGAUGAGAUUUCAAUGGCAGACAUUUGUUUGGUUCCACAGGUUUAUAACGCUGAGAGGUUUAAGGUUGACCUGACACCUUUCCCAACUAUAAAGAGGUUAAACGAGACCCUGCUCGGAUUGGAAGCGUUUCAAGUAAGUCACCCAUCACGCCAGCCUGACACCCCAGGAGACCUUCAAGCGUGAGAGCAACACAAACCAGCCACGAGCGCUUCGGAUCCACCAGUGCAACGAGCACACGCUAUUGUUUGAGGUGACAGGAUUAAAAGAUUAUAUUAUCAUCUCUUAGAACGAGGGGGAAAAAAAUUGAGAUAUUUUCUGUUUCAUAUGCCAUGGUUAAUAAAGUAAUGUGAAAAUGGUGUGUUUUUGUCAUAUUAACUUCUUUAAUAUUAAUUUAGCUUAAUAGAGACAUGACAAGUACAAUCAUUUAAACCUUUUGCCAUUUCUGUCGAUCACAAUAUCAUGUUCAUUUUGAUAUACAGCUAUUGUGCAAUUAGAGUUCUGUACAUUCUUUUUAUCUGUGUGAUCUCACCCAUCAGUUAUUUAAACCCAACGCACAAUGUAUAAUUUAGGCAACUGGCUUAAAUAAAUAAAAUACAAAAUCCCCCAGUGUCAUUUUUAAAUCAAGCUUUAAUUUAGUUACAUUACAAUUGAACAAUGUAUGUAAUGUUGAAAACCAUUGUUUAAAAAAACUUGGACGUGUAAAAC